UCUCAUCGCCUCUCUAUAUCAAACUCCACCUCGACCCUCACAGGAGCCGUUCUUGUCGCUCGCUCCUCGUCUCCAUCGUUAUCUGGUGUCCUGCGAACCCUCUCGCCGUUCCCCUUCUUACGGCGUGACAUCGACAUGGGUCAGAUCCAGUAUUCGGAGAAGUACUUCGACGACACAUACGAGUAUAGGCAUGUGGUGCUCCCUCCGGAGGUCGCCAAACUGCUCCCCAAGAACCGUCUUCUCUCCGAGAACGAGUGGCGGGCGAUCGGGGUGCAGCAGAGCAGGGGUUGGGUGCACUAUGCGAUCCAUCGCCCGGAGCCGCACAUCAUGCUCUUCCGGCGGCCGCUCAACUACCAGCAGCAGCAGGUGAAUCACGCCGCCGCUGUCCAAGCCACCCAAAUGCUUGCGAAAUGAUGUUGCUGUUGUAACAGCGAAAGAAGGAAGAAGAUGCCUUUUUUCACAUGUUGCCAUUUCCUUUCCUCGUUUUAUGGCUUUCUCGGUCGUUCGUUAGUCUACCUAAAGAGUAAUUCUCUAUCUUUCUAUUAGUAGUAUCAAUAUGUCUAUGAUACGAAGAAGGUCACUGUGGAUGCUUGUGAACAUGGAACUUUAAUAUGGCCGGUCUUCUUAA